AUGGAAGCGUUACCGUUACCUCUUGAAUAUUUUAACUUUACUAUUCUGAGUCAAGCAAGUCCACUGUUUGAGUAUACAAAUUUUAUUACUCCAGUUACAACCGAUUUAUACGAUGGUAGAGAGUGGCUUUCCGAUUAUGGUAUUAAUGAAAGAGAUAAGCUUGAAAAUGCGAUCAAAGGUUCCCUAAUCAAAAUGAUUUUACGAAGUUGCGAAAUUCUUAAACAUUUAUAUCUUAAGGAUCUAAUUUGUGAUCAUAAAAUGCUGAAUAACACUACAAUUAACUCUGUAGAUUUUUAUAUUCGGUAUGGUGCCAAGACUGUUGUUGCAUCUAAGGCAAUAUAUGGAUUAGGAAAAAACUUCGAAGAAGAUACCACCUCAACUUCGUUGAAUAUGAAAUUAUUAUUGAUAUCACUUUGUAAAAACUCUGUUCCAAAUACUUUGGAAAUUUAUGAACAUCAAAUUAAUGACGAAAGGGGGAUGG